AUGAUGUGCAUCGGCUGUUUGUGCAUCUGCCGAGACUCCACGGCGCAGGAGGCACUGGCUUGGGUCAAGCAGUUGGAGGAUGCCCGCGUGCCAACUGAUCGACCGCAGACACCCGUGUCUCUUCAAGACGCCACACCCACUCCAUCGCAGAGGAGGCACCUUCUGGUGUCUGGCCGGUUCAACAGCAGCGCAAAGAUGCAGUACAUGAAGCGGGUCAAGGAGUUGCUGGAUUCCAAAGGGGUGCCCACCUUCAUGGUCGAUGCGGGAGGAGCCGGCGGCACAUUUGGGGAUCAAACUGCUCUGGGCCUUUAUCGUGCCAAGGCGUUGCUGGCUUUCUGCACGGAGGACUAUGGAGCAAAGACGGGAGCGCAAUACGAGACGUACGUUGAGCUCAAGUACGCGUACCAGAAGCAGCUGCGUAUUAUUCCAAUUCGGCUCUGCGAAACCUACCCCCCACAGCCGGAAGAUGAAGCAGGGAGGGCCCAGAAUGACCUGGUACUGCAGACCGACCUGGUCCGCAUCGAGGAUGUGGGCAUGCAGGACCCCGACCGGGUAGCCCAAGAGAUCUGCGAUGCUUUCGCCUUCGAGGUUUCCGCGCGCGCUGAUCUGGAAGAGCAGGCUGCCACUGAGCUGCUGGUGUCAUUCCACCUCGAUGAUGAGCCCGCUCCUGCGACAUUUUGUGCUACUGCCUGGACGUAUUGGAGCUGA